CAGGGCCCCCACCCCCCCAGUGCCACACACACAGAGACACACACAGUCAGCCACAGACACAGAGACACACACAGUCACACACAGACAGCCACAGAGACACACAGACACUGAGACCACUGCUGCUGCUGCUGCUCACGUCGUGAUGGGCCACUGCUGCACGCUGACACACAACGUGGGCUACCACAUACAUGACACACACGUGUAGUCGUAGCUAACACACACACUGACACGCGUCGUGGGCUACUACAUACAUGACACAGCACGUGUAACAGCAGCACACACACGUGUCACAGCAGCACACACGUGUGUCACAGCAGCACACACGUGUCACAGCACACACACGUGUGUAACAGCACACACACGUGUGUAACAGCACACACACACACACGUGUGUGUAACAACACUCGCACACGACGCAUGUUUAUAAAGUUGCACGCAACUUGCCAGCUGUCACGGGAGACUAAAUGAAGUCAAGGGCGCAAGCUGUUCCCCAGGACUAACUACACGGCUAUGCAACUGGAAGCCAAUGCAGCUCGGCGAGCAGCGGACGGACAUGGUCGGAUCUUGCAGUACCCAUCGCGGAUCUUGCAGUACCCCUCUGGGGUUGUGAUAGGCUGCUAUAAGGACGAGUUCCACCCGUUCAUCGAGGCGCUGCUGCCGCACGUGCGCGCCUUCUCCUACAUCUGGUUCAACCUGCAGGCGCGCAAGCGCAAGUACUUCAAGAAGCACGAGAAGCGCAUGUCGCGCGAGGAGGAGCGCGCCGCCAAGGAAGAGCUCCUCGCCGAGAAGGGCGACGUCAAGCAGAAGUGGGCCUCCCGCCUGCUCGCCAAGCUGCGCAAGGACAUCCGUCCCGAGUGCCGCGAGGACUUCGUGCUCACCGUCACCGGCAAGAAGCCGCCCUGCUGCGUGCUCUCCAACCCCGACCAGAAGGGCAAGAUCCGGCGCAUCGACUGCCUGCGCCAGGCCGACAAGGUGUGGCGACUCGACCUCGUCAUGGUCAUCCUCUUCCGCGGCGUGCCGCUGGAGAGCACGGACGGCGAGCGGCUCGUGCGCUCGCCGAUGUGCGAGCACUCGGGGCUGUGCGUGCAGCCGCACCACAUCGGCGUCUCGGUCAAGGAGCUCGACCUCUUCCUGGCAUUCUACAUGCGCGAACAGGCGGAGUCGCGGCACCUCGGAGCGAGUCCCGGAAGGAGGGAGGGCGACAUGAAGGGCCCCAUGGAAAACGGGCACCUGGGCCUCAGCGAUCUCUUCACGACAUCUGGGGUCUUUGACGUCAUGGAGCUCGUUCAAGUCUCCAAGACUCCCAUCGCGUCAGUCGGAGUGACUGGCUUCAGUCUGCCCACAGGCAUGGAGGCCCCGUCCUUCCUGGCCUCCAUGGCACAGGUCCGGCCAACGCACCUGGGUCCCAGCAGCGUGAUGCAACACAAAGGCUCACCGAUGGAGGAGAUGGAGAGCCCCGGGGAGGAGUUCUACAGCCAGGAGCGCUCAUCCACAGGCAGUGCCCACUCGGGAACGUGGCACAGCGAGGAAAUGGGCUCCCCAAGCAUGAAGAAAGCAGAGAAAUGCACGUUCAGCCCCACCUCGCCUCAGCAGCCGUCGCUCUUCACCCAGCAUCACAGGCCCGUCAUCACCGCCCCUCGCGCUGGCAGGCAGCACUCCCAGCCCCUCCACCUGGCGCCGCCGGCUCCCAUGCAGCAGCAGAUGAGCGCCCUCCCACCUGUACCGCCGGGGCCGCCCUACUUCUCGCAUCCAGCUAUCCGCUACUCCCCGCACGGCGGCGGCAGCGGCUCCCACGCCCCGCACCCCACGCACGACAUCCUCAAGGACUUCGGGCAGAUGAUCUGCGCGGAGGCGAGCGGGCAGCUCAUGGGGCAAGGCCCCUACGGUGCCGCGAGCGGAGGUCUGGAGUUGCAAGGGCUAGGCCGCGUUUCCCCGGGCUCUCCCCAUGGGCACAGCCCCACGGGGGGAGGGGCCGGUCACCAUGGCUACCUGCCCCCCCAUUCUGCCCUGCUGCCACCAAUGCCCCCACCGGCAGGAGCCAUGCCCCGGCCCGUGCCCCUCAAUAUCUCUGGGCCCCCCGGAGUCGGCGGAGGAGGAGGAGGUGGCGGCGGCGGUGGCGGCGGCGGCGGCGGCGGUGGUGAGGGAGAAGAUGGGGCAGCACAAAGCCCGGCUCGGUCAACGCAUCAGGGGCACGGAGAGACAGGCCUCGGGUCGCCAACGUCUCCCUCGGGUUCCAGGGACCCGGGUAGUCCUCCUUCAAGUCGCUCCUUCGUCAACCUGGGGACAGGCCGUGAACCAACGUACAUCAAUCUGCAGCCGCAAACGCAGCAGUCUUGGUAUUUAGGUUGAAGCCUUCAUCAUUUUCCUGUUACGAAGUCACGCAACUGCAAGUCGCCACUCACCCCCCAGACUUUGCGUUCGACUCGCAAAAGCGGUAAACGUGAGCUGGGCGUAGUUUUUUUUUCAUUUGAAAAUUUUAUUUUUGUUAUUUUAAAUGUAACGUUCUUCCAGUCGGAGCGUUGGAAUGGAGAACUGACCAUCAAAUAAGAACUGAGAUCGACCGAGCUCUGUAACGGAGGUUUGGGUGUCGUACAGAUCGUCAAGAUUGUCCCGAGAGUGUGCCCGCAAUAGGUUGUUGGUGGCAGCCAGUGUUUCGCGAGAGAAUUUGCUGACCACCCCCUCCCUCGCCCCCCCCCCCACCAAGUGAGUGAAAGAACGGCCUCUCAAUGUCUCCAUGGGCAGUCGCGGGGGGGGGGCGGGGAGGCAUCGUUCUGCAGAGCUGGCAGAUUCGACGAGAGGAUGAAGGAGAGACAAAGGUGGUGGUAGUGACAGAGAGGUCUGGUUUGUUGAAUUUUCUUUUUUACUAUACGUAUAAGUGCGAGUUUGUAGAAUUACCUUAGGAUUUACGGUGGGAAUUUUUUUUUAAAUCGAUUUUAUUUUGAAUGACCAGAAAUUAGAUCAAAUUGUGUUAUUUUUUUGUUCCGCAUUCGCACACACGUUCACGCACGCGCGCACACACAUAAACAAACGCACGAAACACCUAGUGCUUUCCAUUGCACUUAACAAGUGUCCACACUUGCAUGCACCUAGGAAAUGGUAAAAGCUCAACAAUUGUCAGAAUUGUCCAAUUACUAUCAUUAUUCUCUUGAGCCUUUUUUAUAUCUCGCAGCACUCACACUUGUACGAACGAGCAUGAGAGCCUUUUAUUAGCAUGAGUUGUCAACGUGGCGUACAGGUAGCAGGUGUUAAAGGUAGAGUUUUAACAAAAAAGAUUCGCAAAAAAACACGUUAGCCGACAAAAUUAUUUACUCUAACUCGCUGCGGAGCAUUACAAAAUGUAAUACUGUACUACGUCAGAAUUCCUCUGAGAAUAUACAGACUCUUCACGCAUGCAAUUCAGUGAAUCGGGUCAAGUUGAUGGGUCGCAUAAGCAUGGGAGUCUUGAUUCUCCGAUUAUAGCGGGAGCCGUGGUUAUAUACACGAGAUACACCCCAUUUCUGGGCAAUAUCCUGUCGUAGGCAGUACGCAGGCGUGUUCGCAAUGGGCUGUCUCUGCAGAGUGCAAGUGUUCGUCUCAUUUGCGAGGCUUUUCUCUCUCGGCACUCUGGACUUUUCUUACACACGUACAAAGAUACUUUGCUUCGAUAUCCGAAUAACAAGACAGCUCCGCAAAAUUUGCCUUUGAGACUCGAGCACUCUGGAAUUCAAAUAUUUCAAAAUUUUCAAUCUUCGUUUGCGAUUUGUGCAUCAGCCCGAUUGCGAAAAUACGCAGCCGCAAGUCAAGUCUGUUGGCAGAAUAUACUGCUAAUAUUCAAAGGAUCUAUAAACGGUCGAUGUAAUGACCAGUUGCUGAUUGGAUGAACACAUUUACUCGUAUUUGAUUGGUCGACUGCCGCGUGCUUUUACUACGCGAUUGGUCCGUUGUUUUUCGUUUCUGGUUGGUUGGUCCCAGCUAGCUCGGCUUCAGUUUUUGCUGCCCUUUUGCGUGGGGCUGUCACGUGCCGAUUGGCUGAAUCUUCGCCGCUGCUGCUGCUGCUGAUUGGCUAUCUCGCUCGUUGAUAAUGUGAUCCGUGUUUGUGACCUUGGCUCCGCUAAAAAUUAUACACGAAAUUGUUGCCUCCGAUGCAACGGCACUAUAGCGACCUUCUCAUAAUUAUAGUGGCAGCAGUUUCAUAGAAAUGAUCUUCGGAGACAAGUGCAAUGAGGUUUAGCGUUAUAUUAUGGUUAUUAUCAUUCAUGAAAAAAGGUUCAUAAAAAUAACUCGUGAUAACAUAACAACAAGCGAAUGGUAUACAUUGAAAUGUGGCCUGUUCAUAGGUGGCAGAAAAAGUAGCAGGUUAAAAAUGAAAACUAUAUAUUUGUAAGUAGCGCGAAAAAAGUAAUAAUUUUUUAGCGCCAAAAGUGUUCAACAGUCCAAAAGCCCCUGGACUCUAAAACGGAGGUUUAUUUAUGAUAUAAAACAAAUGUCAUGGACAUGGAGCUAAAUAUUGGUGAAUUGAUUUUCAAACAGAAAUAUAAAAUUGUGAAUUCUUCCCUCUAAUGUAAAACACUAUGCGCUCAGACCAUUGUAACACCAUGCUAUAGAACGUGUAUGUAUAUACGGUGCGUAGUGUGCGUGUCAUUCUCACGGGGCAGUACAUAAUUGUGCACAAGAAUACACUACAAGCAGUAUAACAAUAGCACUUAUUAAGUAUGAUCUGAAAGUUUUAAACAAAAAAAAUAUAUAUACACAGUAUAACUCUUUUUUUUUUAAACUAUAUUUAGCAACAGGUCUGUUUACAUGUUGUGGAAAUUUAAAAAAGAAAAGUGUAAUGGGUAAAAAUUACAACUUUUUCACGGUUUAAUUCUGUUGCCCUGCAUAUGAUUGAACCUAAAUGCACUAAUUUCUAAUGCAUAUGUUAUGGAUGGGAAAACAUUGCAGCUAUGGAUGGGAGUAGUGGAUUGUCGCAGGUUCUGGUGUGACUCGCAGCUUAAUUAAGUCAGUGUUUUGUCGUUAAUGGGGCGACACGCUCCCAGUGUUGGCGUGAUGGUAAGAGAGAGAGAGAGAUUAGUGGUGCCAGUGGGGCGAAUGGGACUCUGGCUGUUUUGUUGGCUGCUUCCAAGUGCUUUUAUCUACGUAAAAAUACCCCCCCCCCCCCCCCCCCCAUUUGCAAAAAAUGUUCCGUUCCACUCUUAAAAACACUGAGCACCCGCAGUGCAGGAACGUACCACUUAUUUCGGUGUCUCUGCACAGGUGUGUUCGUGUGUGUGACACACGGGGGGCGGAUGUUCGAAAAGUUUUGAGAAUGGGAUGUUGAAAAGCUGCAACGACUGAGUGUGGGUUAAUGUGUGUACGUGUGUUGAACUUCUUUCGCGCCGUACGUAACCAAACCGUGCUAAUCGGCGGUGUCCACUCGUGGGAAGUCUAGAGAGUCCCUCUAGAGGAUAUUUGGCCUACUCUUCCACACUUACAUGAACAAUAUGCAAAUGUGAGACAUCCAAAGUGACGACAACAUCCGGCUGGGUCAGAGCACUUCACUUAAAAUGAGAAGGUUGAGAAUUUAAAUACCGGUCAGGUUUCGGUUCGGCCCAUUGGCCUUCUGGGGUCAAUACAAUUCGUACCAUAUUGCAUUGUGGGUGUAUGUUGACAGCAGAGGGCAGUGCAACAAAAUCCACUGCUUUUUAAUGUACCAUGCUCCACUCUCUGUGCUCUUAAUGUUCAGCAAGCCGCAGCGUGGUGAAGUACGGUUAAGCAACCUCCACGACCCAUGGCCAUUCUGUGGACAUACUGGUCCUCUCCAUGGGAAGGUGGAAUUUUCACCAUUAACAGAAGACCACCCCGUUGCUUGUUUGAGGUGGGAGACACCUGUACUUGAGACUGAGGCAAACAUCAGUUUCUGUGAAGCUCUUCCCACAUCCCGAUCUCAAAUGGCUUUCCCUGCCCCCUAAUACUGUAAUCACGCAGCGCAUGACUGCGCGCGCACACACGUGCCGUAUGUGCGCACAUUUACAGCCGUAGUAUGCACACGUGUGCACGCGUAAACCGGGCUCUUAAAAUCGGGGUUCACGUGUGCUGAUUUCGCAGGGAUUCGCAGAUUCAAAAGUGCGUUCUUUGAGGUUGCUGGCGAUUACGGACCGUUGACAACCCGACGUAAACUGAUCCCAUCUUGAAACUGAACAAUUUCUUACCCCAUUGUCCAACCGGCCAUGCUCCGGGGUCGGCGACUUGCAGCUCUGAAGCCGCGUGCGGUGCCUCUUGUAAGGACUCCAGUGCGGCUCUUGAAAUUCGAAAAGAAUGGCUCUUCUUGUUACUUUGGUGCUGACCCCUGGCCAUGUUGAACCACGUUGUUUUUCCACUGCAGAAGUCGAGCCGUGCCACUGACGUCACGCGCAAUGAACGCGAUGUUAGCCCCGUCUCCCGGCCCCGCUUGGCCCCAAGCCAGAUUCAGAUGUCUCGUGAGGCCAGGCUUCCGCAGUUUGGAAAAACCACACAUACCGUGACGGCCCUGCGGUGGCUCAGCUCGGAUGUUCCAGUGGAACAAGGGUAUUAGGUGCCGCUAUGAAUCGGUUGAAUUCGCUUUGGAGAAUUUAGUAAAAGUAACAAAUGUACGGCUCAGGCAUGAAUCGAAAAUGAGACCGAGCGUGAGCGUACCGAUGCCUUGCUCCCAUGUCCAAAAAAACCUCUCACGUGGACAUAUAGUUUUCAUCUUACUCGAUACCCGAGAUUGAUUGAGCAGCUGAAGCUCUUGGCUGAGGGCUCAAGUCACAACUGGAAGGAUGCGAGUUUACGUGUCAGGAGUGGGUCAACUGAAGCCCAUCAUCCCUACGGGGGUUGAUGGGAACGAACACGAAUUUGUCGGUUGUUAACAGUGGUUGUAUCAUGGAUAGACUGGUCCUCGGCAUCAGAAUGUGGAAUUUCCACCUCGAGUUCAUUGAUAUCAACAGAGAUGAGUACUGCCCAGUGUGCAUUGAAAUACGAAUACCCUUUAACCCUUUAUUAUAACUGCAAAUUAAAUCCUAAUGUUUUUAAUAUAAUCACUUGUAACUCUAUCUGAUAAUGCUAACCAUUAAUUAUGGAACACAUUGGGAUGAAGAUCGUCACCCACAAUAACGAGUGGGUGACCUAUUCCAAUCUCCACAUCUCUCAAGUGCGAAAGUGCGAUCGUGAAAGAGUUUGUAACUACUUCCAGUCUACGUCGGGUUGCUGCACAUGGAAUCACCGUGCAGUUACGUUGCACGCCCUGACCCUGACCGUGACCCCGACGUGAACCCAGUUCAACCCCUGUGCCCACCUCCGUGGAGCUGCCCGUCUGCUCUGAACAAAGAGGCCUUGCACUGUGGUUAGCGGAGUUGUCAUCGUCAAAAUGUGUCCGAGAGUUCAAAUCCCGAUUGACUUUUGGCGGUUGUUGUUUGUGGCAGUGUCCUGUGGCCAGGCUUACCCUUUAACUUUUUUAAAAAUCUCCUUCUGUAAUUCGCUCACACGUUUUGCCUGGCAACCUGGCAGUGAUGUAACAAAAAUUCGGUUCAAUGCAAAUCGUUCGUCCUUUAUCUAACCAGCUGGAAGCUCUUUGAGAUGCAUUGUGUCCAUUGGGACCUGCAAAGGGAAAUCUGGGGAGGAAAUCUCGUGAUUAAUAUGGACGGAACAAUUCUGCCCAUUCCACACUACAGUUUGAUGACUUGUCAAGAUUUGGGGUCACGAUUCUCUUCACAAAUGGGGUGUUUUUUUCUUUUGCUCGCCAUUGUGGUGCCUGCAGAUUCUAUAGUUCUAUAAAAACGAGUGGCAUACAUGAAUCACAAACAAUUGAUCCUCACAUGCACGAUUCAACGCAUGCAUUGUGAGCGUAAAACAUAAUUUUAAUUACCUAAUAGUUUUUCAUUUGAGAAAGCUCUAUUAAGUUUAAUUUUAACAGUAAUUUGGACGACGGUAACAAUAAUUUCUACCGCGCAAUGACUGUAUGAAUAUCAGAAAUCACAGGAUCUUUAACACCUGCUUUACAGCAGACAGAAAUGCUUUGUUAACUCCGAAGUGAAAUAAGCUGGCCAGUUUUAACGUGAAUAGAACCCUGAAGUCUGCGCAAAUUGGCCCUAUCAGCAUGAAUGUUAAUGAUCGUUUCCCUCGACUGCGACUGCGGUGUAUUAUUUCCUGGGCACGUUAGUCUCUCCCAUUCGCAAAACUGCCAAUGAAAGAGAUUGGCCAAACAUUUCUUAAUCCUCGUGAAAGGGAGUCUUGAGACUCGGCAAGCCUUUCCUGGGUAGAUAAAGGACUUAUUAUAGCAUUUCUUUUUUUUUUGCCUCGUACAACGUUUGGCCAAAACGCCUGCUAAUCCCAAUGAGCCUUUACUGUGACAGAUGUGUAAAAUGUGCCUUCAAGCCAACAGCAAUAAUGAGUAAGUUUUUCGCGGUUGUGCUCUAUAGCUCUCCGAUGUGUGUUUUGGGUUGGUCCGCACGCGUCAAUGGGCACGACGUUCGCCGAUUCGGUCCCUGAAGAGGCUGCUAGCACGCGGAGCGAAGCGUCUGACAUCAAAUGCCGAAACGGCACGUGGCGUGACCUUGAAAAGCACUUCUGAGAGCAAUGAGUCAUCAUUCUUCCGUAGCCCGUUAAUAAAGUCACGAAUUCGUUCACAACUCAUUCAGUUCUUCAAAGCUCUGCAUCGCCAAGCGGUGUGGAUUUUUUUUGUUUUUUGUUAUUUUGCUUUUUAAAAAGAGCAACUUUGACUUGUAAAAGAAUUUUUUUUUAUUUACAAAAAAUCAAACUUAGCGUGUUUGUCUCACCGUUAUUACUGUUGUUAUGCUUAAUGUUCAAAUCUGACACGCACCAAGGCAGCUUUAUAUUGAGCCUCCUUAUACUGUAUAUUCAGGUCUAAUAUAUUCAGUUGAAAAGACCUUUGUCAGUAAAUGUAGCUUAUCUUUUGUGGCCUUAGCUUAAUGCUUCUAUGCGAUUUGACAAGAGCAAAGUAAAAAGAGGAUAGAGAGACACCACUGUGAAUUGUGGGCUGUGCGUGUGUGUGUAUCUCUUUGGCAAACCAUCGCGACCAUCAUCAUUAUGCAGUGACGGUCUCACAUCGUCUCGUGAAGAAGAAGAACUCUUUCUUUAUUUUCCAUUGCAAACGGUCGGUUUUUUCUUUUUUGCGACAGAAAUUGUUUUUGGCGCCUUAAUACUUAACGCUGGGAAGUAACGCAAAUUGUAUUGACGUUCAGCACGAGUAAACCAUAACAAGCCGGCGAUUCUUAACAGCGGCUCGUCGAAUUGUCGUCUUGCGUCAGUACUCUUUGUGCCUUGGUCAGCGAGCUAAUCUAAUAUGCAAAAACUAUACGGGUAUAAUGGAUCCCUCGCUAAUGUACGGUUUGAGGUUUACAGCGCUGUUGCUUUGUUAAAGAGAAGAAAGCUCGCGGUGUAAGUCUCGCGCGAUCCACGCUCGCUCACGCAUGAUGCCCCCCCGCUUCCCCGGUGAUGCACCCCAACAGCGCCAGUGGUUUGUGGGGGGCUAUCGCUCCUCCGUACCGCUUGCCCCUGGGUUCACGCUCAACCAGGUCGCACGUUCAAACCGCUCGCAAAUUUCUUGUCGCAGGGACGGGCAGUCCAAAGAGGUUUUGAGAACGGGAUAUUGAACUUUUGCAAACGUAUAUAGUUUUUUUUUUUUCCAAAAUGCUUACCAGUAACAUCAGUGCGCUUUACUGUAUUGUAUGAUGAGUACUUUAACAUGGUGCUUAUAUGUGUUCAUAACAUGAGGUCAGUGUGAUUGUUUUUAUUUUAUUUUAAUAUCUUCUUCUCAAAGUAGUUUUGACUGUCCGUUCAUUUGUGCGUUUUGGCAGCGUUUUCCAAAAGCUGUGAUGUGAAAAAAUCGUAACGCAACGCGCAGAAGCUUCAACAGUUUAUACAAUUUAACACGGGCUUUCGCGACCAAUAUCAUCCCUAAUAGAGGUUUUUUUGGGUUAGAUCGCGUAAAUAUAUAAACGUGUCGUAAAAAGUUCACGUGACAACCCUUACUAGUUGGCUGUGCCGGUUGAUGGUGGGUUUUAACGACACUUUUAUAUAUUUACCUGAAUCGAACCCCAAAAAAACUCUAAUUUGGAAGAUUAUACAAUUACCGUAUCUUCAAAAAUGUAAAACCCAGGUUUAUUGCUUAUUAUUUAUGAACCUUUCAUCGCACCAACUUAUGAAAGAAAAAAAUAAUUCAGCCAAAUUUAGAGAUAAAAGUACAGCUUGGCCCUAAGUGUGUUUUGGCCGCUUUAAUUGGCAAAUAAAACGUCUCACCUUUUGUUUGUUUUAAGAUGUAUCUCAAGUCAGGAUGUUAAAUCUGAUAGGACAGAAGUAAGCGUUUAACUUUCCCAAAUGCAAUUAAUACAAACAUAUUACUUUAACAUUAUAUAAUCGAAUGGUAACUGCUAUUGCUGGCUGAUGCAUGCUUAUUGUCCAGCAACCUUUGAGGCAGGAUCCGUGGAUCAUAGAAACGUGGAAUUGUACGAGAUGUCCAACUGAAGGGGAGAGCACGGUGAUGUCUGUGUGAGACAGAGGUCGCAACCGGGUACCCGAUACCCGUACCCUACCCGAUACCCGGCUACCCGUACCCGGCCAGGUACGGCUACCCGUUUGCGACCCUGGUGCGGCCGGGUACGGGUAGGCCGUGAGUCACUGGUGAGUAACCGUUUGUCACUCAUUUCGGGCAGGGUACGGGUAGGGAACGGGUACCCGUACCCGGCCAGGUACGGGUACCCAUUUGCGACCCUGGUGCGGCCGGGUAUGGGUAAGUAAUCAAAACCCGAUUGCGACCUCUGGUGUGAGACAGUACAGCAAGUGGGUGUCUGAUAGACCAUCUCUAAAGCAGAGUUGUGUGUUCUUCACGCUCCGUAUGAACUUCUCUGACCACUGCAGUUUCCACCCAUGCACAAACCAUACUCAAAAAACUAAUUGGCCAAAUUUUUUUCAAACAGGACGCUGUUUAAAAAAUAAAAAGUGUAUCGAGGCGUGUAAUCCAGUGGCAUCAUUUAUGCAGGUAACCCUCACCGAAUAUCGAUAUGCUUUUUUGAGAAGAGACAUGCAUAUGCAUUGGGAUGUUCGGCCGAUUUUGUUUUAGUGGAGUGUGUUUUUAACGUGGAGGAAAAGGAGUGGCAAGAGAAGACACGCACGCCAGAAGUGUUCCUGAAUCCACUUGCCGUACUGCCAUCUCCUCGUUGCUUCACGACCAUGCUGGUUUGAGGGCUCUCAUAGAUCUGCGUGGUCCAUUAGAGCCGCUGCCUUCGAGGCGGAUGCCACCACUCCUGCCUUUGUGAGAAUAUCCCUCGGUACGCCACGAAUGCGUGCUUCGCGUGAGCAAGCUAAACUGGGUUUUACGUUGUAAAUUGGCUCAGACGCGGCGUCAUGCUGAGUGGAGCGUGUGUCCUGCUUGUGUUGAAUCUAGCGCCUGACCCCUAACCCCCCCUGGCACGUGUUAUGUGCACGGUCAAAGCAAUACAAUAAUAUUAUCCGCAAGUGCGCUGUGAACAAUAUCUUUGCAAGUGUCUUAAAUAAAAGAAGAAGAAAAAAACUAAAUACGAAACAAAAAAAAGGAAAAAAAUCCAACCGACAGCUGUAUUCACCAAAGGACAAGAUCAAACAUGUAUAAAUCGCGCAGUGCCUGAGUAUUUCAUUUACACAGCCCUUGACACGCGUUUGUUAAACAACUGUCAACUCGUGUGUACAACUCGAAUGCUUUGUUUUAACCACAAUGUUUUGCAAUGACACUGGAAGGUGGGCAGCUGUUGAUGACGCUCUCGCGGUGGAUUUAUGUUGUUGUUGUUUUUUGUUUUGUUUGAAUGUUUCACACUGGAGCGGCGGAGAGGCGUGAGUGGCACUCGGGAUAGACGCGCUGUCCUUUGCGUGUUUUUCCUACUGGACGAGGUCUGUACGCCCGAUGCAAUCUUCCAACCGUGAGGACAGGGCUAGGGGGAGCCACGUAACCACUGAACCACUCACGUGCGCAGGACACCCAUCUGUAGGGCGACAACGUGCUUCUCCAUGGGGCAGUGCAGCAAGUAGGUAGCUAACCUAUCCGUCUCACGUUGUGAGUUGACCUCCCCCUGGGUUCAAGUUCUCUUCUGCAGGCAGGGAAUUGGCCAAACAUCACAAGCCAGGGGCCUACUGAGAAAUAGUUGUGGGACACGAUGCAAAUGUCCUCAUGUACGCAAAGGGCAUUUAUCGUUUACACAAAUCUAUAUUUGGAAUAUCAAGUUAAUCCAACGGUUUAAAGUUGGUAUUUUCGCAAUGGGGUUGACAGACAAUGGGCAAGUCAUGUUGCUAAUCCUUGUGGCAAGCAGUGUUUAGUCAACACUUCGUGUGAGAAAUUAGAAGUUAAUAAAACAGUGUACACCAUUGUCUCCUGGAAUGCAACGUAUGCCUCCCUACCACACUGCAGGUCAUAAUGUUAUUUUCAUUAGCUUGUUUAAAUGUGUACAAAAACAAUACAGCUUGCAAGCACUCCCCGGUUUUAGGAAAUGUGUUUUUUGUUACGAUCCAGGCAUCUCUCCCGGGUCUCUCCCGGGUCUCUUCCGGCACUGGGAGGCUUGGUGGCACCGCAAGAGAACACUUUCAAAGUUGGGGUGAUCUGUGACGAUCUAAACGAUGAGUGUAUCCUCGCUUUGCGAAGCAACGUGAGAAUUGCCCCGUUUUGCAUUUAAGCCACUUUUGCGAAAUGUACCCUCCCCUUCAUACAGCAUGCACCCCAGACGCUGAGAGGGUCAGUGUUAGAAGGUCGCAGCUCUGAACAUGGACAUUGUGUGUUGUUUUAGUGACGUAUUCAAACAAAAUGUAAAACUAUAAUUUGUUUUCAAACUGUUUUUUCUUUUCUUUUUUUUUGCAUACAAGUUUUACCAUCGUGAACACAAAAAGCGAUUGAUGAUGAUGGCAAUCGGUGUUUGCCAUUGAGGUUCGGUAUCUUCCUAAUUCGCAUGACGCGUGUAAUUUGUAAGCUAACUGUAUUGGCCCAUUUUAAUGCCGGGCCUCUUAUGGCAUGUGCUGCACUUUGCACACCUUAACAAAUGGUAAAGCGUUCUUUUAGUUUCCUUUCAAAGGGCUGGCAUAUCGAGCGAUGUGGCUCCUUUAUAACGGCCUGAUUGUGCAGGCCCCAAUGAUAAUAACGGCGGAGGGAUAUUGGUCUCUCCCGCCUCUUCCAUCCACGCCAUAACACACAUGAGUGUAUAUUUACGCAACAAAACAUAAUCCUGGUAACCAGGGCACCAAACUUUUGCAAUUUGAAAUGUCUGCGUGUUGGUAUCACUGAGGGUUGUUCCGGUGUUGUGUCCAGUAAACAUUUUAUAAUUGGAAUAAGGGCAUCAAGAUAAAAAUUGGCAUUUAAUUGAUGUUUUUACUUGAGCUAUUCGUAUUAUUUUUAAUUCUCAAUAUCCUCUUACACAACUAGCUAUGGGCCACUUUAAAUGAAAUAUUCUCAACAUGAUUGGAGACGACUGAAGGUAACUCCAGAAGCACAGGAGUUCCAGUUUCACCUCCCACAGAUGACAUACCAGGUAGCUGUGCUGGCCAUGCGGGUUGCAGGAUGUAUUUUUGGCUCAUGACAUGACUUCGAUAGUGUGAAAAAUUGGGAUAUAAUUGGUAAUUUAAAUAGCAAAACGAUAAAAAUAAAAUUCCUCAAUGUUGGUUUAGCUUCAAGAACCUAAGCGUGCAUUUUCCUGGCAUUACAAUGUGAUCAUCACUGCACCAGACAAAAUAUCUUACUUAUGUUUGCACUUCACGUUUAAUGGUGUUUCUUUUAGAAUAAGAAAAAUGUAGCACUUGCUUGUUGGGUCACAUAAUAAUAAAAAUAACAGCUAUGCACCAAGACAUCUGUCCGGCGUGGAAGAGUAGGCCAAAACACCCUCUCCAGGGGUGUUUCUCUUUGAGUUCCGUCGAGUGGAGACCCUUCCACCAGAACUGGCGAGCUAGCUAUUGCAGGGCUGCACUUUUACCUCUUUUAUGCACAAUUUGAUCUCGCGGACCCCAAUUGCUUUGGCGCUGUCUUGUCAGCGGGGCCAAAGCUUCUACAGAAGCAGUCACCCAUUUAACUUGUUUAGUUCAGGAUCACACAAGCUUCAUAGCAACACAUUAUCUCAUUUUUGUUACACAUCUUGUCUGUUAACUGGAUAAUGGAGAAAGCUGCAUCAUAGAGGGAACUACAGACACGACAAUUCGGAGUCUGUCGAACCCCCACAACACCUCCCGGACCCAGCAGCGAGUGGCUGCCACGUUCUUUCACAGUUACAAAAGUCACUGGCAGGAAAGCACUUUUCUACGGAAGAUUAAAUGAUGUGCACUGAGCAAAUAAUUUGAGCAGCAAGAACGUGUCCUUUAGGAGAUCAAAUAGUCGGGACAUUGAUGGGGUGACCAUGUAGAUCACAAAGUUUCAAGAUCAGUCAUUGCAUUGUCUUGUCAGGCUACAUCAUUUUGCAAUUGCCCGGUUACGUCUCAAUGCAGGAAACAUUCGAAAACAAGAGCGUGGCACUUAAAACACUUCAGGAUUUCAUAUCUGUAUAAAACAUUUGUUUGUAUCACCAUGUUUGAUCAAACAAAAAUGCAUGCAUUGGCUUAACAUUGUCGAACUUUUAACGACAAUACAAAGUAUCAUGUGCGUUGCUCUAAUAAUAAACACAUUUGUAGAUGUAGCAUCGGUAUUCAUUUGAGAAACUAAUCAAUCAUUUUUGUUAAGUGGGUGUUUUGUUAAGUAUAUGAUCACGAGCCUUAUCAAAACCUAAAUCAUUGGCCCAUUGAAGCUCAAUUGAAUCAUGCAACUGGAUACAUCACUGGAACUAACCCUUUUUAAAAAAAAUAAGAAAUUAAUUUCAGCGGCAGAUAUCAAAUUGUCAAAACAAUGAGCCGUGUUUAUUUUAAAUCUUUUGAUAGUAUUCGUCAUGUGUAUGGAAUGUUGCGUGCAAGUUUGUGUGUCUCUUAAUGCACUGCAAAUGCAGAUUCCGCGGCCCCGAUGUUAAGCACUUAAGGCGAAAAUGCUAUUUUUGUCAAUGUUGUUUUUACGAGUGGACCGUCAUAUCUAAUAUGAAGCCACUUUGGUGUUUCUCAUCCCACGCGUCACAGACGCAUCGUGGGCACGCGGCAGCGCGCGCUUUCAGCACAUUUAGUGUGGCCUGGGUUGUCGGGCCCAAAAUUUACAACGAAUAAAAUACAUAGAAAGUACUAUUAAUGUGUGCGCUAAUGUUUUUAAUUAUAUUUUUUGCGCUAAUAUGUUUAAUGCUGCAGUCCAUUACGUGUAUAAUUAACAUAAAAUGAUUAUUUUUUGAGAAUUAAAAGUUUAAGGUAAUGGAUUUUUUCCUGCCCAGCUUAUUUGUUAAAAUAUUUUAUUUUGCCGGUAUUAUUCGUAUAUACACGUGUUUGUCUUUGAAAUAUUGAAAAACAUUGCCUAAAAUGUCACCUUAUGCUAUCGAAAGUCAGUACCGUUGUUCGGUGCCACUAAGGCUAUUUUAAACGCAAACAUAACCGAGUAAUUGCACAUUCAUUUUAGGUUAUUUAAUUUGGGCAGAAGUCAGUUCGCCGAUAUUGAGCCAAUUUUUAAUUAAAUUUAAACAUUACGUGGCACUGCAAAAAAAAAUUCUUAAUUGUAAUUUCCACUUAUAUGACACGAGCAAUCACACACUGGUUGAUUUAAACAUUUUCUGAAUGUUGUAUUCAAUGUUUUGCUCUAUUACCAUUUUUAUUCUCGAUUAUAUUUUCACCUUGUAUUCCUUACGUGUUUUUUUUUUCCUGCUGUACGUCGCAUUUUUUUGCGUUGUAUUUGGGAACAUUGUUUGAGUUAAACUCUCUGUUUCUACAAUUUGUGCAAAUAAAAGGCACUAUAUUUC